AUGGGGGCUGCUGAGACCGUGGGGACUGCUGAGACCGUGGGGACGACUGAGACCGUGGGGAUGGCUGAGACUAUGGGGGCUGCUGAGACUAUGGGGGCUGCUGAGACUGUGGGGACGGCUGAGACCGUGAGGACUCCUGAGACCGUGGGGAUGGCUGAGACCGUGGGGUCGAGUGCCGAAUCGACGCGCUUCCUCGGUCCCCUUGGCCUGGCGAUGAGGCUCCGGUUCCUGCAGGCCAAGGCUCGGCCUAUGCACCUGCCGCGCACGUCCCGGAUCAUCGUGGGCGUGAAGAAGGGCGGCACGCGCGCCCUGCUGGAGUUCCUGCGGCUGCACCCCGACGUCCGCGCGCUCGGCUCUGAGCCCCACUUCUUUGACAGGUGCUACGAGCGUGGCCUCGCCUGGUACCGGAGUCUGAUGCCCCGAACCCUGGAUGGGCAGAUCACCAUGGAGAAGACCCCCAGCUACUUCGUGACGCGGGAGGCCCCCCGCCGCAUCCACGCCAUGUCCCCGGACAUGAAGCUGAUUGUGGUGGUGAGGAACCCCGUGACCCGGGCCAUCUCCGACUAUGCCCAGACGCUCUCCAAGACCCCGGGCCUGCCCAGCUUCCGCGCCCUGGCCUUCCGCCACGGCCUGGGCCCUGUGGACACGGCCUGGAGUGCCGUCCGCAUCGGCAUGUACGCUCAGCAUCUGGACCACUGGCUGCAGUACUUCCCCCUGUCCCACUUCCUGUUUGUCAGCGGGGAGCGUCUGGUCAGCGACCCGGCCGGAGAGGUCGGCCGCGUGCAGGACUUCCUGGGCCUGAAACGGGUCGUCACAGACAAGCACUUCUACUUCAAUGCCACCAAGGGCUUCCCCUGCCUCAAGAAGGCCCAGGGCAGCAGCCGUCCCCGCUGCCUGGGCAAGUCCAAGGGUCGGCCACACCCGCGUGUGCCCCCAGCCGUGGUCCGGCGCCUGCAGGAGUUCUACCGGCCCUUCAACCGCAAGUUCUACCAGAUGACCGGCCAGGACUUCGGCUGGGGCUGAGCGGCGCCGUGGGGAUGCUCAGCACCUUGAUUGACAUCCGCUCACCCAGCCAGAGCAGACUGCGUGCACAUGCUGGGCAGAGAGGAAUAUUUAAGAAAUAAAGCUCGGACCCAGAUUUUUCCACAAAA